AUGUACCAAGGUGAGUUCGCUUGCAAGCACAAAAUUCACUAUUUGCCUGAAUAUUUCCCUGGUGGGACUGUAUCUGAACAUUUUCAGCCCAUUAUCUACACGGACACUUCUACAGUAGCGGUGGAAGUCGUCCAUCCGCAGGCGGCUGUGUUUGAUGUCGAAAUCGUCAUCUCCAACAUCACUCAACCAACACUCUUCCUCCUUGACGACAUCGAAUAUAAGGCUGACUUAUGCGAAAAUUCUCAGACAAAUUCCCGACAGAUAGUUUCGUUGAAAGAGAUCUUCUUCAGAUUCCAGCCCACAUCCUCGCUGUUUCAAAUCGGUAGGAACAAACUAUUUAUUACACUGUCUUUACCUUGCCUACUACUACCAUUGGUCAUUAUGCAGCCACUUGCAAAAGAGGAGGAACUCGUCAUUGCCGCUCCCAUCACCUGUCAACGAGGAGGAGGACUGCUCAAAUUUAGCUAUUGGCUGAUUGGAGAUCGAUCGCCUACCAUCAGGGUCUGCACACAAGACAGCCAAGCCAGGUCAUGUACCAAGCCCAUAAUCUAUACGGACACUUCUACUGUAGCGGUGGAAGUCGUCCAUCCGCAAGCGGCUGUGUUUGAUGUCGAAAUCGUCAUCUCCAACAUCACUCAACCAACACUGUUCCUCCUUGACGACAUCGAAUACAAGGCUGACUUAUGCGAAAAUUCUCAGACAAAUGUACGCUAUUCACUGAAGUAG